AUGAUCUGGGGUACAACUGAACACACUGAGGAUGUUCAGAAUCUCACGGAGAUGCCACAAGGAGCACUGAAUAUCAGGAAGCACCUCUUUGACCACCUUCAGAAGGACAUUGAGCUGCUCGCCCAAGCUUUAGGAAAGAGUGAGCAAGAUGCUGAGAUGACCGUCCACUUGUUUCUGAGGUUCAUCUUGGAGAGCUCCUCUGGUAAUAUCUCCUGUUUUCUGCUCGCCAUUAUUUUUUUAAUGAACAUAAUUGUUGCAUCAUGCCCAUUAGGAGAAAGCCGAACCUUCAGACAGAUCCAAAUAACAGACAGUGAGGAAAAACGGGAGGAAUGGGAGAAAGUCAUUCACCAAAGACUUCAUGCCUUCUUUCAGAAUUUUGAGACACAGCUAUUGGAGGUUCAGAGUAAUAUGCUGAGGUUGGCAGGCCUGGGUACUUUGGAAAAGAUGAUCUACAGUAAGGAGCUAGCACUGAAGGACCUGCCCACAUCUGGAUUGUUCAACCUUCCGAUCAUGUGGAGCUUCACACAGAGGAUGACCAUCCAGCGCUUCAGUCACUUAAUUGAGCAGGAAGAUGAAAGGAAAAAUGUUCCUCUUCUCUCAGAACUCCUAAAAAGCCAUGUUCACAUUGGACACAUCAGAUAUCUCCCUCAGGUUCUGAGCCUUCAGCAGAAACUGAUGUGCUAUUUUAUGAAUCUGGAUCUGCAGUGUUACAAUAAUGUGCCUAUUAACACCUUCAGGAAGGAGAAUGUGGCAGAUCAUGAACAACAGGACUUCAGCGAAAGUGCUGAAAUUAUGAAGCUGUUAUGGAACAUUUAA